CUUUUCCCUUUAGAACCUCAACUCCAGUUGGCGAAUUUCUAAAAUGAAUAGCGGGAAAUAAAUUUUCAAUUGGCAUUUUUUAUUAUUCCAAUUGGCUUAUUUUAUUUUUUCGAAUUGCGGAUUUUUAUGACACCCAGAUCACUAACAUCUUCACUUUUCUUCACAUUCACAUUACUUUGCCAUCUCAUUCAGCCGUGUAUGAAGUAGAACUAACCAACAAGGAAAGAUAGUGGGGCCACUCAACCUUAAAAGGAAAGUGAGUUAACACUAUUUAAAGAGUACCUUGACUAUUAGAGUCAACCAUAAAAGGAUGUUGUUUCCAGCCACACAAAUCGAGUUUACCACCAAAACCAACUAGAGUAUUCUCAGCAUUGUGCCUUCUAUUUUGCAAGGAAUACAAUGAAGACAAUGUAAAAAUGAUCCCAGAAAAGGUAGCCCUUUAUGAGGAUCUAGAAAUUUGCCAUGCUGGCGACUCUCUUCAGCCAUUGCUAUUUCCUCAUGUUAGGAUCAAUUCAAAUCCUUUUGAUUUUUGCAAGUAUAGCUCUGAAGCUGAUAUAGUAUCACAAGAAAUUCAGGAAAAGAUAAAUGUUAACUUUAUUUCUGAAUCAAGUAAAGUCUCAUCCAAGGAUAUUUUUUCUUUGGUUAUGUUAUAUACAACUAGAUUUGAUGAGAAAUCGUUGUUAUCUUUCAUAAAAUGGUGCAACAUCAAGAAAGUUUUAUACAUGAACCAAGAACAGGAGCGAAAAGUAUUGAAAGAUCAAAACGGUUCAAAGGUUCGAUUUCAAGUCUUAUGGACAUUAAAAAAUGAUUAUUUGAAUGGCACUACUUUAUCAAUUACGGAGCAUCUGCCAAAGUACCAGGCAUAUGUCAAGAACCUCAAGAAAAAUAACUUCACAGUCAUUGGAUACGCCAGAAAGUCUCCAGGCCAGGUACAUCAGGAAGUGAGAGUGGGCUUGAUUCAAAAAAUGGUCAACAAAUUGUAUGACACGUUGCUUGUGGAUAAAGUAUUUGUCAGUACGUCAUCGCGAGCAAAUGAUACUAUUUAA